CUGCGCACGGCCGAGCAGCUCGCCGAGGCGGCUGCACAGCGCGGCGCAGAUGUCCUCGUGCUGCCCGAGUACUUCUUCACGGGCGCUGAGCACGACCUGUGGCGCCAGCUGCGCACAGGUGUCGACGACGAGAGAUGCAGCUCACGCCGCCCUCAGCCAAUGGACGACCCGGAGCACUUCCUUCACGAGAUCGCCCGGCUGGCUCAAGCGCAUGACAUCGACAUUGUUGCAGGCACGGCCGUCGAGGCGGGCCAUCACCAGCCGCAGCACCGCACGAGUUCGCACAACAAGGCUGACAAGGAGGAGGACGAGGGACACAAGCUCUUCAACACGUGCUACUACGUCGGCCGCGACGGCGAGGUCAAGGGCCGCUACACGAAGCGCAACCUCUGGCACCCCGAGCGCGCCGUGCUCUCCGCAGCGACGCCUGACUCGCACCCGCACGACCGCACCUUUGUCGUGACGACGCGGCGCGGCCGCCAGGUGCGCGUCGGCAUGCUCAUCUGUUGGGACCUGGGCUUCCCCGAGGCCUUCCGGGAGCUGCUCGAGCGCCCGACAGGCGGCGAGGAGACGAUGGUCGGGCCGGACGUCGUCUUCGUGCCGACAUGCUGGUACGCGACCGAUGCUGGCGCUCGAGGCAUCGCGUGGAACAAGGAGAGCGAAGCGACGCUGCUUGACUCGAUCUGCGUCGCUCGCGCCAUCGAGAACGAGUGCGUCGUCGCGAUGUGCAACGUCGCCGGGCCGUCGUGGCCCGCCGAUGCAGCACCCUCAGACGACACCGAGGAGCCCGAGGCCGUCGGUGUCGGCCGGACGAGCGUCUCGGCGCCCUUCCUCGGCAGCGUGGCGCGCGUCGAGGACGAGCAUGAGGCGCUGCUCUUCGCGGCCGUCGAUCUGCGCGUGCUGCCGGAUGCCUCGGCGGUGUAUCGCUGCCGUGCAGAC